AUGCAAAAAUUGGUUCAGAAUUUGUUGACCAGCUCAAACCUAAUUUUCUGAAGACUAUUAGGAAGCAGAGUAACGCCAACGCAAGAGAGGCAGAGCUAUCCACCUUCUCUACCACACCACUAGUUUUCCCAUAGUCCAAGUCAAACAAAAUUUCAUCCAACUUUCAUUCAAAUUAUCUUUCCAUUUGUCAUUCUCUCCUAUUCUCUCUAUUUUCCCUUCCAAUUUCAAACACUUCAGUUUCGGAUUCACCCUGAUUCUUCAGAGGAAUUGCCACAGUGAUGGCACAGAAGAGCUUCAUCGUUGAGGUCGAGAAAGCGAAGGAGGCGAUCGAAGGAAGGCCAUCGAGAGGACCUGUGUACCGUAGCCUCUUCGCCAAGAAUGGAUUCCCUGCUCCUAUCGAAGGUCUCGAUUGCUGCUGGGACGUUUUCCGAUUGUCCGUUGAGAAAUAUCCAACUAGUCCAAUGUUUGGUCGCCGGGAAAUUGUGAAUGGGAAGGCAGGCAAGUACAAGUGGUUAACAUACAAAGAAGUAUAUGACCAGGUGAUUAAGGUUGGGAAUUCCAUCCGCAGCUGUGGUUAUGGAGAAGGUGUAAAAUGCGGUAUUUAUGGUGCCAAUUCAGCAGAAUGGAUUAUGAGCAUGGAGGCCUGCAAUGCUCAUGGACUCUAUUGUGUACCUUUAUAUGAUACCUUGGGUGCUGGAGCUGUAGAAUUUAUUAUAUGCCACGCAGAGGUCUCAAUUGCAUUUGUGGAAGAAAAGAAGAUACCCGAGCUAUUGAAGACAUUUCCAAAUGCAACAAAGUAUCUCAAGACAAUUGUAAGCUUCGGAAAGGUUACCCCUGAACAAAAGCAAGAAGUUGAGAAGUUUGGGUUGGCAAUAUAUUCGUGGGAUGAAUUUUUGCAAGUGGGUCAAGGUCAGAGUUAUGAUCUUCCAAUUAAGAAAAGGAGUGACAUCUGUACAAUAAUGUAUACUAGUGGAACUACUGGUGACCCCAAGGGAGUGUUGAUAUCAAAUGAGAGUAUUAUCACUCUCUUAGCCGGGGUAAAGCGACUGUUGGAGAGUGUCAAUGAACAAUUAACUGAGAAGGAUGUAUACAUAUCAUACCUUCCUCUUGCACAUAUCUUUGAUAGGGUCAUUGAGGAAACAUUCAUAUGGCAUGGUGCUUCAAUUGGUUUCUGGCGUGGGGAUGUCAAAUUGCUAAUUGAAGAUAUUGGUGAACUAAAACCAACUAUUUUUUGUGCUGUUCCCCGUGUGCUCGAUAGAGUGUACUCAGGUAUGACACAGAAGAUUGCUUCUGGGGGCUUCUUGAAGAGGACAUUAUUCAACUGUGCUUAUUCAUAUAAGCUGAAUAACAUGAAGAAAGGGUUUACCCAUGGAGAGGCAUCCCCUAUUUGUGAUAAAAUUGUAUUUGAUAAGGUAAAGCAGGGUUUAGGAGGUAGAGUUCGUCUUAUUUUGUCUGGAGCAGCACCUUUAUCUGCACAUGUGGAAGGUUACUUACGGGUGGUGACUUGUUGUCAUGUCCUACAAGGAUAUGGCCUGACUGAAACCUGUGCGGGAACCUUUGUCUCAUUACCAAAUGAAAUGGAAAUGCUUGGAACGGUGGGCCCUCCAGUACCAAAUGUUGAUGUGUGCUUGGAAUCUGUUCCUGAAAUGGGAUAUGAUGCCCUAGCAAGCACACCAAGGGGAGAAAUUUGUGUAAAGGGUAAAACCUUGUUUUCCGGGUACUACAAACGUGAAGAUCUCACCAAAGAGGUUCUGAUCGAUGAAUGGUUCCAUACAGGGGAUAUUGGAGAGUGGCAACCUAAUGGAAGCAUGAAAAUUAUUGAUAGGAAAAAAAAUAUAUUUAAACUUUCACAGGGAGAAUAUGUUGCUGUCGAAAACCUGGAGAACAUUUAUGGACAAGUUUCAUGUAUUGAAUCUGUAAGUCCUGAUAACCCUAUUCCUUCCAAUGGUUUUUCUGUCCUAAUUGUAGCAAAUUUAUUGCUUAUAUCUAAUUGGAAAAAUAUGUAGAAGAUUAGAAAAUGUUACUGAUAUACUACUAGAGCUGAUUACCUCAGGUUGAUGAUAGAAUUUCGAAACUUUGGGACCAAUCAUGGCCUACUAACCCUCUGUCUUAGGUUGAU